UUUGCUGGGAUAUUUGUUUGAGACAGAUAGAGAGAGAGAGUGUGUGGAGUUUUAGUUCAGUGACUCGCAUCUCAACACUGAGCUUCUCUACGCUGCGGCAAAUGCCGGAAAAUUGGGCGGCUGUAAACCUAGAGCAGCUGAAAUCGUCGAGAAUGCAAGAUAUGCAUGGCAUCGGAGAAGAAAUCGGCGCCGGAGGGAGGUUUAUCGGCGCCGGAGAUAGGCGGAUGCGGCCGCACAACCACCAGGUCGUCAAGUGCCCUCGCUGCGACUCGCUCAACACCAAAUUCUGCUACUACAACAACUACAACCUCUCGCAGCCGCGCCACUUCUGCAAGAGCUGCCGCCGCUACUGGACCAAAGGCGGCGUCCUCCGCAACGUCCCCGUCGGCGGCGGCUCCCGCAAAACCAAGCGCUCCAAGCCUAAAACAAAUGCCUCCGCCGCCGCCGACGACGCAGAGGAAAAAUCCACCGCGCAGAGCUCCAGCAGCGAGAGCUCCAGCCUCACCACCUCCGCCGCCGCAGUCGCAACCGCAACCGCAACCGCUCCUCCUACGUCCUCCGCCGCGGCGGAACCGAUCCACACCACGCCGGAUUCCGCCGUGAUGUACAAUUUCGCCGACGCGAGCUUCUCCAACGUGAAUCCGAUCGCAAACCCUAGCCUCGAUCAGUCGGCGGAACAGAUCUUCGCGGCGGAGGUGGAGAGCUUCACGGGGAUGAUGACGUCACCGGAGGAAUUGAUGAUGGAGCUCGACAUCGCGACCGCGACGGCGCCGGCGGAAAAAGCGGAGGGGUUGAAGAUGGAGGAUAUUGGCAAUGAGGCGCUGGAUUGGGGGAGCAGCGGCGACGGCGGAGAUCAAGGGCUGUUUGAUCUAACGGCUGGCGUUGAUCCGGAUUACUGGAGUCAAUCCGACUGGACUGACAAUGACCAAUCCCUAAAUUAUCUUCCGUAGUAGAGUACUCCUCAGUACUAAUCCCCCAUCUCAUUAUUUAUCACUAAUUACUGUUAUUAUUAUGAUAUAAUUAUUAUUUUGUUUCACUACACUGAUAUUUCUUAAUAUCAAAUAUUGUUUUUUUUUCGUAGAAAAUUGUAAAGGUCAUUUUGGUGCUCCAAUUGUAAACUAUUUACAAAUAAAUUACGCUGGUUAAAUGCAGAUUGAUUAUAUAAAUGUCUUUUUUUAA